ACCCAAAGCGCCGGUAUGAUGCGGUAAAAUCCUAAGGCCCGCCCUAUUUGUAUUUGUACUAUGUAGUGUCCGCCUUCAAACAUGCCGCCUAUCCCGACAACGAUAGAUACGGAAGCACACUCUCUAAUCGAGUCAAUCGAACGGCACCACAACGACCUUUCCAGUUUCCAGAUUCCUCGUCUGAGGGCGUGUACAGGUCCUUUGACCACGCAGCAAGCAUGUGCUGCGGAGGUAAGGGAGGACAUCGAAGGUCUGGCGAGGCAAACUGAAGAACUGGAUGUCCUGGUUGACGACCACAGGACUGAGCGGGCGAGGAGAGAGUUGAGGAGGAAAGUCGAAUUUUUUCGUGAUUCGUUAAUAAGUCUACGCAAGGACGCUCGAGCAGCAGUCCUAGCGUCGAAACACGCGAUUGACUCCAAGAGUCGGUCACAGCGAGAAGAGUUGUUGAGGUCCCCUGCCAUUCGGCCGAAAAGUACAAGCUCUUCGAGCGAAAAAAUAACCGAAGACGUACUCAUGAAAGCCAAUCAUGAUGUCACCGAAGCGCUUCAACGAACCAUGGGACUCAUGCAGAAAGAGCUCGAGCGCAGUGUAUUAUCUUGUCAACUACUAGAAUCGUCUACUGCAACUAUCCAAUCCACAUCCACAACACACGACAAGCUCGAUCUCAUCCUGGGCACUUCCAAACAACUCAUUACCGCACUCGAAAAGACCGACUGGCUCGACCGCGUCCUUAUUAUUUCCGGCCUCGUGUUUUUCGGCCUCGUGGUCCUCUUUAUAAUCAAACAGCGCAUCAUUGACCGUGGGCUACGUAUCGCCUUGUUCUGGACGAGAUUCUUCCCAAGCCCUGGCUCAAGUACGCGCGGGGUGGUGCAGAAGGCUGGGGAGGUUGUACCGACUGUAUCGGCCGCCACUACUGGUUUGAAUGCAAACCACGUAGUGGAGGAUGUCUCAUCUGGUAUUUGAAUAAAUGUAUGAGAUGUUGCCUUCAUCAUCGUACGAGCGGCGGUAUUAUGUGCGACCUGGACUGGGUCUAUCCCAGACGAACAUCAUUCUCUCCGCGAUAUGGAAUAUCUUUUGGGUUGGUAUUCCCCGACGUAGCUGAAAAAUUUGUCCAAGAAUCUUAAAUCACGGUCCAGUAGUUGAGGCCUAGGGCCGAGCUUCCGUCAAGGCAUGAUUUACGUUCGGCCGUGGGGGUGGCUGAGUACAUGUUUUCAGGCUUUCGAGAUGUACCACUAGUGACCGAAAUUCACCGAAUGCAUAUGUCUGACAC